AUGGAUGACUCCGCGCCGUCUUCCUCCUUCUCUGCUGCCCAUUACUUUCCGGCACGACGCCGUGUAUGGCAGGCAUGCACCAACUGCCGGGCCCGCAAGACGCGAUGCGACGCUGCCAAGCCAAAGUGCAGUCUCUGCGUGACGCAGAACGUGGAGUGCGUCUACCGCGACUCGAACCAGCCGCGCAUCGAGCAGAAUACUAGGAUCUUGUUGGAGCGCAUCCAGAUGUUGGAAGAUCGCCUGCUUUCUUCACCAGUAUUUUCUGGACAACAGCAACCGCAGAGCCAGCAAGCUUCCCAACCGUCUUUAGAUACGCCAUCACCACAAGCUACACGGCAUGCUACAACUCCGCGAUCGGCACACCAUACACAGCCCGAGGCAGGUCCUGACUCAACGUCAACGAGGAACCAAACAGACGCGGUUCAGACAAGGAAUUCUGAUGCAGAUGCUCAAAUUCCAAUCCCUUUAUCCCAUACAGCGAAUGCGAACCAUGUCUUUGAGUGGCCGAUAGUAAAGCAGCUGCUAUCAGAAACGGACUCGGAGUCACAACCGCCGCGGCCAGCUUUUCCGGGAGGACUGCGCUCAGCGGAAGCAACUGACAUCUUUUUCCGCAAAGAUACAGGUACAGAUUCUUCGAUGUGCCCUCCAGAGUCUUGGAGAUUAUUCCAAGACCGGAGUCUGCCAGUCUCCAUCGAUGCCGCUAAUCGGUAUCGAGAGGUGAUCCAUGAGUACUUUGCCGAAGUGAACAUCUUCUUUCCUCUCCUCUCCCCGGAGGACAUCAUCGACACUUUGAAUGAAGUAGUAGCGUCUGAAAAGACUGCAAGUGCGGUCUCGCACCUUACUGCGCCGGCCCGGUACUGUUUAUUGCUGUUGGUCCUCUGCAUGGGAUCCUUCGUCUACACUGGGGACUAUCGCAUUUCAUUGGAUGAAAGAGCAGGCCGAGAUGGAGGUCAACGCCAAAGACCCAUAAGCUCGAGCAUCAUUGGAGACUUUCCGGGCAUCGAUGAGCAGCUGUGGCGAAAAGCGCGACUUUUGCUGGGCUUCAUUUCAUCUGAAAUCAGCCUUGAAGCAGCACAAUGCACGAUGUUGGCGAGAGAUGCCACAGGCGCAGAAGGCAAUGAUGGAUUCUCGGACGCCUUCCGUAGACUCUUUUGGGUCGCACUGAUUUACGAAGGUGACUUUGUGUCCGAGAUCUCAAUCACAUUACCCUCAGGUAUAGCGAGAUACGAAGAAGUCGUACCCUACCCGGCCCCCGAAAACCCCAAGCAGCACAAAGAAUUCACCAUCAACCAGGCGACCCCGGAAGCCGAUGUGACGAGUCCGUCAUCGACGUCUUUCUACAGGACCGAGGAACUUGUCGCCUUCCAAAUCAGUACCAACGCGGCAAUCAGGCGGUUUCUCAACCGGGUUAACAGCGUCGUCUUUGAUAGCAAAGACCAGUUUCGCAUGACGCGCACCAACUACGCCAACUGGCUACUGCGGAUCACCGAGGAUCUUUGGUCGUAUCACGGUGCGCUUUACCGCAAUCUCCCCGAUUUCCUGCUCACGAGCCAGCCUAGAAGAACGCCUGGGCAACAGCCGGAAAUUGCGACUUCUCCUAUGACGCCCGGUAUCAUUCAAGUUGAAGAGUUGGGCAACAAUCCGUGGAACGUGCUGAGGCUCAAGGGGCGGUACUAUGCGGGGCAGUACAUCAUUCAUCGCCCUUUCAUCGAAUACGUGAUGUUGAACAUGGCGCACUUCGAGACGCAUCCGUGCCGGGAGGCGAUAUUGGAGCGGUGCCGAAUGUGCCUUGAGGGUUGCAAGGGUUUCAUCAAUGUUUUCGACAUUGAUCCUGCCAACAGCAUUACUGGCCUAUUUGCUGCCGGAAUGGUGACCUUUACCAUGGUUACCAUCCUCCGAGUGGCGACAAUGUGCCCCGUCUUCAAAGAAAUCCUGCCGGAAGAUAUCGAGAGUGCAAUGUUUGUAGGAACGCGGAACUUGCGGCGAUUCAGCAUUAGCGUGAGGGAGUUUCAGUGGCACCUGAGCGUAUUGGAAAGACUUGCGGCGUCUUGUAGGAAUAGAAUGAGUGCUUAG